UGCUGCUUUGCUGCUCUCCUUCUUCUUCCAUCGGUUUUGGGUGGGCCCACUUCCCCUGUCUUUCUUCUCCGUUCCCCCAUCUCUCUCUCUCUCCCUCUGUGGGGUUGCCAGCUCCUGCUUCUUCUUCACCCGCUCCGUCAUUGCCAGCCGAAGUAAAAGAGAUCUCUCCACGUGAUGGCUUGGAGGAUGUUGUCUGCAUAAAUCGUUUUUGCUGUUGAAGCUGGAGAUUGCAUUGACAGAGAAGAUGAGCCUCUUGUUAAGACUAAGACAUCAUCUACCGAAUGGGUUGCACAAAGGUUCCUGUCUUUUUCCCCGUGUUCUACAAAAUUCAUAUUCAUCGGGAUUCUCCCGUCAAUUUUCUCAACCAGCAAGAAAAGAAGAGGAAGAAGAAGAGGAGGUGGAAAUUGACCAAAGGAGGCUUCCGGCUGACUAUGACCCAGCGACAUUUGAUCCAACAGAGCAUCGAAGUCCUCCUACUGAGAGGGUGUUUAGGCUUGUAGAUGAGAUAUCAGGACUCACACUAGUUGAAGUUGCAGAGCUUUCGUCAAUUAUGAUGAAAAAACUGGGUAUGACUGAACCACCAACUAUCGGGGUCAUGAAAGGUGGGGCUGCCGCAGGACUUACUGGGAUGGCAAUGAAGGCCACGGCAGCAGCAAAGGAGGAGAAGAAACCCGAAAAGACAGUAUUUGAGUUGAAAUUGGAGUCGUAUGAAGCGUCUGCAAAGAUCAAAGUUAUUAAAGAAGUGAGGGGUUUCACUGAUCUGGGUCUGAAAGAAGCCAAGGAUUUAGUGGAGAAGACGCCAUCGGUGUUCAAGAAGGGCGUCUCGAAAGAAGAAGGUGAACAGAUUAUAGAGAAGAUGAAAGCUAUCGGAGCUAAAGUCGUCAUGGAGUGAGUGGCAUCUUAGAAUGGUACCUCCUUCCUGUAAUCCCCGAUAAUUUAAGCAUCUGGCUCGUUUGUACUCUUUCAGUUGAAGAAUUUUGCUAGCGCCAGUCUUCUACUUUAGUUUGUUAGCAUUUGAGGGAAUAGCUCAAAUUUCUCAUAAGGUGGGGAUACUGUGCCUUUGUGAUACCUGGAAGAACAUAGUAAAGAGGAUUUUGAUUCAUCAUCGGUCGAGAAGAUUAAUUCGUAUUAAGUAUUACUA